CAGGACGCCCCAGGGGAGCGCCGAGAGGUGGCCACGGGGCAGCUGCUGUUGGACGCCCUUCUGUGCCUGCCAGAUCUACUGGGCUUACUUCCUGGGCAGAGAGUCCCUCUGCGGCGGCGGGGCGGCCUCUCUGGGCCCCUGGGCCUGGCCGGUCAUGGGCAGCACCCUGGGCUGCCACCGCUCCAUUCCCCGGGACCCCUCGGACCUGUCCCACAGCCGCAAGUUCAGCGCAGCCUGCAACUUCAGCAACAUCAUGGUGAACCAGGAGCGGCUGAACAUCAACACGGCCACGGAGGAGGAGCUGAUGACCCUGCCGGGCGUGACGCGGGCCGUGGCGCGCAGCAUCGUGGAGUACCGCGAGUACAUCGGCGGCUUCAAGAAGGUGGAGGACUUGGCCCUGGUCAGCGGCGUGGGCGCCACCAAGCUCGAGCAGGUCAAGUUCGAGAUCUGCGUGAGCAGCAAGGGCAGCUCCGCGCAGCACUCUCCCAGCUCCACGCGGCGGGACCUGCUGGCCGAGCAGCCUCACCACCUGGCCACGGCCAUGCCCCUCACCCCGCGCGUCAACAUCAACACGGCCACCCUGGCUCAGCUCCUGAGCGUCCGAGGCCUCACGGAGAAGAUGGCCGCCAGCAUCGUGGACUACCGCCGGGAGCACGGGCCCUUCCGCAGCGUGGAGGACCUGGUGAAGACGGACGGCAUCAACGCCGCCUUCCUGGACAGGAUCCGGCACCAGGUGUUCGCCGAGCGGUCCCGGCCCCCAUCCACCCACACCAACGGGGGCCUGACCUUCACCGCCAAGCCUCACCCCAGCCCCACCUCCCUGAGCCUGCAGAGUGAGGACCUGGACCUGCCGCCCGGCGGGCCCACUCAGAUCAUCUCCACGCGGCCUUCGGUGGAGGCCUUUGGAGGCACCAGGGACGGGCGGCCUGUGCUGAGGCUGGCUACGUGGAACUUGCAGGGCUGUUCCCUGGAGAAGGCCAACAACCCCGGGGUGCGAGAGGUGGUGUGCAUGACGCUCCUGGAGAACAGCAUCAAGCUUCUCGCUGUGCAAGAACUCCUUGACAGAGAGGCCCUGGAAAAGUUCUGUGCGGAGCUCAACCAGCCGGUCCUGCCCAACAUCCGCAGGUGGACGGGGCCGCGGGGAUGCUGGAAGGCCUCUCCGCAGGGGGCCGGCUUCUCGGGGUUCCUGUGGGACGUGGGGGCCGGGGUGGAGCUGAGAGACGCCGCCUCGCAGGAGAGCUCCCCGGGCAACGGGCACGGGAAGCCCGCAGGCCCCAGCCCGUACCUGGCGCGUUUCAAGGUGGGAAGUCAUGACUUGACUCUCGUGAACCUUCACCUGGCGACCCUGCCCCUCCCGGCGGGGGAGAACCCCAGCAGGAAUCACAGCGACGGCCCCCGCGGGGCCAGCUUCGCCCAGGCCUUGCAGGAAACCCUGAGAGGAGAAAAGGACGUGGUUGUCCUGGGGGACUUCGGCCAGGGCCCGGACAGCAGUGACCAUGACCUCUUGCGGAAAGAAAGAUUCCACCCCCUGGUCCCCGCGCACACCUUCACCAACAUCAGCACCAAGAACCCGCAGGGCUCCAAGUCCCUGGACAACAUCUGGAUCAGUAAGAGCCUGAGGAAGGUUUUCACAGGUCACUGCGCGGUGCUGAGAGAAGGCCUCACGAACCCGUGGAUCCCCGACAACUGGUCGUGGGGCGGCGUGGCGUCGGAGCACUGCCCCGUGCUGGCCGAGUUUUACGCGGAAAAGGACGGGACCAAGAGGGAAGGCCCGCGGAGCGGCAGCGGGGUCGCCUUGGAGCGCAGCGAGGCCAACAUUAAGCACGAGCGGUGAUGACACGGGCGGUUUCCCACUGUUCACCGCAGGGGCGCCGGCGGGAGGCAGCCCUUCCCGGGAGAGACGGGGUCGCACUGCCUCGUGGUCUUCGUCCCGCCGUCUGCGCUGGGCCCCGACCUGCCCGCCUUCUUCGCGGACCUUUGAGGACCUCUCCUGGGGAGGGAGGUGCCAGUGGCCAAACCAGAAACCCAGCGGGGAGCCGGAAUGCCUCUGCUCUCUGGCCCGCCAACCUCUGCGUCUAUCCCGCCUGGGUUGCAGCGCAGGGAACAGUCGUGAAGGCUGGAAGGGAGUGUGCAAAGCGUUCCGGGCUGCGAGGCCUGGCUGAGCAAUGCCGGGAGCUCUCGUCUCUGACCACCAGUCUGUGAUGUUCUGGCUGCAAAUUACAUAAAGCUUCUAACUGUGA